AGAUACCUGACUAUAGUGGCUACGACAGGCUCAGAGACAUGGGACCAUGAAAGGCUGAGGCAUAAACCUUGAACUACAACUUGAUUGACAAACUGGCAUUGCCUUCCCCAUAAUGGCAGAGAUGGUGGCAGAAGUAGCUGAGAUACCAACACAAGCACCAGGAGCAGUGGAAAUUUCAACCGCCAUGUCAGGAGAGCUGGCAGAGAUGGCAACAGCAGUGACUGAGAUGACCUCUGGGGAGGCCCUUGCCUCGUCCCUCUUCUUCCAACACCACCAGUUCAUGUGCUCAGAGUGUGGCAGCCUCUACAACACCCUGGAGGAAGUCCUCUCCCACCAGGAACAACACCUGCUCACCAUGUCAGAGGAGGAGACGCUGACCACCCAGGACACAGGCCUGGAGCCUGAGCUAGUACCUAGCACUGGGGAAGGACCUUUCCAGUGUGGUGAAUGCAGCCAGCUCGUCCUCUCUCCCAGUGAGCUUCUAGCCCACCAGGAUGCCCACCUGCAGGAGUCUGCAAGCCAGAUCCAGUACCAGUGUGGAGACUGCCAGGAGCUCUUCCCAUCACCUGAGCUGUGGGUAGCUCACCGCAAGACUCAGCACCUUUCCAGUGCAGCGGAUGAACCACCACCUCCUUUGCCUCCCCCGACACCCCCACCUCCACCACCGGAAGUCAAGAUGGAGCCCUACGAGUGCCCGGAGUGUUCCACCCUUUGUGCCACCCCUGAGGAAUUCUUGGAGCAUCAGGGCACCCACUUUGACUCCCUGGAGAAAGAAGAGCGCAAUGGGUUAGAAGAGGAGGAGGAGGAAGAUGAGGAGGAGGAGGGUGAGGAGGAAGAGGAUGAUGAAGAGACCGAUGAGGACGAAGCAUCCACAGAGCUCACUGCUGAUGACACGGGAGGUGACAAGUCCACGGCUGACCCGGCUCAGAGCUGUGGCGAUUGUUCCCAGCAUUGCUCCUCUUCAGGGGCACGCCGAAAACACCAAAGGGCAUCUCGUGGCCAAGCGUCAGCCACCCAUGCCUUCCACUGUGGCCAGUGUCAGCGAAGCUUCAGUUCAGCUAACCGGCUGGUGGCUCAUGGCCGGGCCCACGUGGGUGGUACCCAUGAGUGUACCACCUGCUCCAAGGUCUUCAAGAAGGCGGCCUCUCUGGAGCAGCACCAGCGGCUGCAUCGUGGGGAAGCCCGCUAUCUCUGUGUGGACUGUGGCCGUGGCUUUGGCACUGAGCUCACACUGGUGGCCCAUCGGCGGGCCCAUACUGCCAAUCCACUGCACCGCUGUCGCUGUGGCAAGACCUUCAGCAACAUGACCAAGUUCCUCUAUCACCGACGAACUCACACUGGGAAAAGCGGAACCCCGACCAGGGUGGCAACUGUCUCCCCAGCUCCAGCUGAGCCCACCCCUCCACCCCCACCCCCACCCGCCCAGCUGCCCUGUCCACAGUGCCCCAAGUCCUUUGCUUCAGCCUCCAGGCUCUCCAGGCACCGGCGCGCAGUGCACGGCCCCCCUGAACGGCGGCACAGGUGUGGAGUCUGUGGCAAGGGCUUCAAGAAGCUCGUCCACGUGCGCAACCACCUGCGGACACACACAGGCGAGAGGCCUUUCCAGUGUCACUCCUGCGGCAAGACCUUUGCUUCUUUAGCCAACCUCAGCCGCCACCAGCUGACCCACACAGGAGUGCGCCCCUACCAAUGCCUGGACUGUGGCAAGCGCUUUACACAGAGUUCCAACCUACAGCAGCACCGGCGGCUACACCUUCGGCCUGUGGCCUUUGCACGUGCCCCUCGCCUUCCCAUCACUGGUCUCUACAACAAGAGCCCCUACUACUGUGGGACCUGUGGCCGCUGGUUCCGCGCCAUGGCAGGCCUUCGGCUGCAUCAGAGGGUCCAUGCCCGAGCCAGGAGUUUGACACUACAGCCUCCCAGGUCACCAUCUCCAGUCCCACCCCCAGCCCCUGAACCUCAGCAGACUAUCAUGUGCACAGAGCUUGGGGAGACCAUCGCCAUCAUCGAGACAUCCCAGCCACUGGCACUGGAGGACACACUGCAGCUAUGCCAGGCGGCACUGGGGGCCAGUGAAGCUAGUGGGCUGCUGCAGUUGGACACAGCCUUCGUGUGACAAGGCACAAGAGCAAUGAUAAAGAGGGUUUGCUUACAAGCUUGAGUCUAGGCACCUCAAGGGAGCAGAGGACCCCUCCUGGCAAGCUAAUCUGGCACCCACAUGUCAGGGUCCACCCUGCUGGCCUCUUCUAACUGCUGACUCCUCAGGGUUUCUCCUGUCACCUUUCCCUGCCCAAGGUGAAACUGAAGCUCUGACAAGUGAUAUCAUCUGUCUCAGCCCCUCCCACUGCAUUGCAGAAUGGGGUUUGCCAAGGCUCUUUGCACGGCAUCAUCUGGUGCUCAGCAACAUCAGGUAACCUCUAUUGAGCACCAACCAUACGCCAGGCCUGUGCCAGUCAUUCCCAUAUACCUCCCCACCCCAACCCCACCAUCCCAGGACUUGGGGUGUUUGGGACUUAGCUCUACCUGGUAUAGGAAGGCACGUAGUUUCACGGGGCUUGCUUCAUUUCAGUUUUGACAGUGUGGAAAGAAAUCUGUAGGUGACCCCAGUACUCAGCUCAGCCUGAGUGACAUUGAAGACCCAGGAAUGAACCAGUCACAGUUCUACACUCAGGCAUGCUCAGCCCAGCAGAGGCAACUGACUGCCCCCAUACAGUGCUGCCUGUGGCUCACUCAGCCUGUGUGCCCAAGGCUUCCCUCACACACCUUAGUGCUACAGGCUAAUGGAGAGUCAGGUCUAAGGAUUCCUGGGCUGAGGUAGGGAUGUGCAGGGACAGUGGAACUGAGAAGAGACUUCCUAGUGGUGCCAGUUCUAAAGUAAAAGUAGGACUCUGCCAGCACAGGAGGAAACUGGCCUCUCAGGCAGGCCAUCCAGUUACAACUGCAUUAUACACCCAUCUGCUAGGCAGCAUCAGGCAGGACACGUAAUGUCCCUCAGGCCUGAGGUGGACCUGUGUACCAUCCUGGCUGUACAAGUAGGGACAGCAUAGAGAAUGCCCAGGGUCUCAGGCUGAGGGGAGGGACUGUGAGGUAGGAAUACAGCUCUUAGGCCCAUCUCUAUUGUUCUGAGUAAGACCUGACCCCUCAGUGACCACAGCAAACAGUUGGUCCAUCCCUUGACCCAGAGCAGCCAUGUUCAUCCUGCUUCGUGACUGUUUAAAAGGAUGAGAUCAGUCCGGCAGAGCAGAAAUGUACCCCUGGCGGUGAUGCAGAGCCAAGAAGCUUGGACUCCCCUCAAGGAUAUGUUCCAAAAUUACUUUUUCUGCAUCAGUAGAAUCCAUCAGAAGGACCCAAAGUUGCUCCCUCCCAGGUUCUCUCCCUUUCUGCAGCAUCUCUACCCACUCACUGCUUGGCACCAUGGAGAGAUACCAUUUCCUUCUGCCCAUGGUCCCCACCAUCUGGCUGCAGCAUAUUUUAAAAGUCAAGGGAAAGAGCCAGGCAGAGAGGUGCAAGCCUGUAAUCGCAGUAUUUGGGAUCCUAAGGCGAGAUGAUCUUGAGUUCCAGGCCACCCUGAGCUAUACUGGAAGACCAGCUCAAAACCAGCUCAGAGAGAAACAGAGAGAAAGAGAACUCCACCUCCCCAAGGUGCCACUUGCCAAUACCCCUAAGAGAAGUGAAGCAAGUGGAUACCAUGCUUCAGACAGGGCCUUGGGAAUCUGCCUAUCUGCAUAUAUACCCAUCUCACUGAGUCUACAGGCAGUUAGAUAUUUGGUCUGAGAGACACAUCAUCCAGGGUCUCACUGACCACCCAGGAUGGUCUUCCUUUCCUUUGUUAAGAGUUUGUGCCAGGAAAUAGGCAGGCUCCACAUCUGUGGUGGGCAAGCAUUAAGUGGCACAGGGGUUUCUG